AUGGAAGCUACUUCACAACCAUGUUUCUCUCAUAACUCCUCACUUCAUUCGACCCGUAAGCAACCGGCAAAGCCAUGGAAAAAACCCGUAACGGGCUUGCCUCAGAGGAUGCAUCCUAAAGUUUACAGAGUCGAGCCUGUUAACUUCAAGGAGUUAGUUCAGAGGCUAACUGGUGCAGAAGACGUUGAGCAAGAGGUACAUCAAGUUGAAGCUAAACCAGUCAAGAUUUCUGAUGAUACAACAACAGCUAAGGAUAAUCCGUUCGCGUUUGAUCUUUCACCUUCGUCAUCUCGGUUCUGGGAAGCUUUCCCUCUGCUUAGUCCUGCUAAUCUAUCAAGAUGGUAG